GUUAAAAUAAAGUUCGUGGUGCCGCAAAAUACAUGUAUUUAACGCCAAAUUAGUAAGAAAAUAUUGUGAUAUUAAGUAUUCUCAUUCGUAUUUGUGUGAUAACAAACACUGAAACUCUCUAUCUGUGAACGUUAAAGUGCAUUCGCGUGCGUUCGUAAAACAUUUUAAUGCCACCCGUUAGCGCAAGUUUCGCUUGUUGGUCUCCUGGCGUCCAUAUUUGUGUAUCUCUGGCUGGCCAGACUGAUAUGGAGCACUGUUGAAGAUGCGCGCCCCUGCCCCCUCCGAGCCGAAGUCUAUAUUUCCUACCUACCAAGUGCCUCAAAUGUUGUCAGCCAUAAGGGGCAGCGCACCCCCAGUACAAGUUGCAGGGACAGCUUGGGGGGGUCGAGCCGAUCCCCCAAGUAGCACCCCCGGCGCCGGCGACGGCGUCUCGUCUGUGAUAUCCGGCUCAAGUUGCCGUUCGAUCGGCAACUCUAAUCUAAGAAUGCAGUCUGUGACCGAAAAUUGUCUUCUGAACUCUGUUACCGUACCAAAUAUGCAACGUAAUGACCGCAGCACGGUCGCCCACAAUAAUAGCUUUAAGUUAGGUAGUAGUAAGUUUGGUGCUUUACUCCCCGGACGAGACAUUCCCAAUCAAAAGUCUGAUGACCUCGAACUACACGAUGACCUUAAUGUACUGAUAACCGCUAAAUAUGAUACAAAAAACUGCGAUAACAACGACGAAAAAGACCAUGGGGUUCUUCUGCUGGAGCCCGCCUCCCAAAACGAUUGCGACCUCAGAGAGUUAUCAUCGCCUUUGAGACUUCGUGGUGGAGGCGAAAGCUCUCUCAGCACCGGAACAUCCGGCUGGGGUACUCCGCCUUCUCAGCAAUCCGGCAACAAUAACGCAAACAAAACCAAUGGUCAACAGCCGCCUACCUCGCAACCGAACAACACCGGUUGGGGCCAACCGGGAUCGAAACCGGUCAACAACAACGCGAUGCCGCCGAGCAGCCAGCCGCCCAGCUCGUCGACCAACUCCCAGAACAACAACAACGGACCAAGCAACAACACCAAACAGCAAUUGGAACAACUCAACAACAUGAGAGAGGCCAUCUUCAGCCAGGACGGUUGGGGCGGCCAACACGUCAACCAAGACACGAACUGGGACGUGCCCGGCAGCCCCGAGCCGCCCAUCAAGCUGGACGGCGCCGGCGGCCCGCCGCCCUGGAAGCCGGCCGUCAACAACGGCACCGAAUUGUGGGAGGCGAACCUGCGCAACGGCGGCCAGCCGCCGCCGCAACCGCAACAGAAGACGCCCUGGGGCCACACGCCAUCGACGAACAUCGGCGGCACGUGGGGCGAGGACGACGACACCGACAGCUCCAACGUGUGGACGGGCGUCCCAUCCAAUCAACAACAAUGGGGCGGCGCCGCCAAUAAUACCAACAACGCGGCCAUGUGGGGCGGUCCGAAGAAAGAGAACGAAUGGACUCCCGGUACGAACAACGCCGGUUGGGGCGAUCCGAGAUCGUCGGAUCCUCGUCAAACGGCGAUGGAUCCGCGCGAGAUCCGUCCCGACAUGAGACCCGGCAAUUCCGAAACGAUGAGGAUUUUGGAUCCGCGCGAACAGAUGAGACAAAUAUCCGGUAGCGACAUGAGAGGCGAUCCAAGAGGUAUUACUGGAAGACUGAACGGAGCCGGCGCCGAGGCGUUCUGGGGCCAAGGCGCUCCGCACGCGGCUUCGCAACCGAUGCAUCACCACAACAAAAUGCCCGUGCCGCCCGGCAACGGCGCCGGUUGGGAGGAACCGUCCCCGCCGACUCAACGACGCAACGUUCCCAACUACGACGACGGCACCUCUUUGUGGGGCAAUCCCCAACAAGGCUCUCAUUGGAAAGAUCUGCCCACAGGGGCGAAUAUCGCUCGCGGAGGCAACGGCGGCAACGGGCCGCCCGGCAUGGCGCAGUCGCGCAUCAAACCGGACGGUUCGAUGUGGGGCGGCCACGGACGCAACGGUUCGUGGGGCGACGAGCACGGCGGACCCGGCGGUGGUGGCGGCGGCGGCGGCGGUGGGGCCGCCGCUUGGGACGAACAGCCGUCCUGGUCGAAGCCGAAGAUGCCCGAAACGUUGUGGGACGAAUCGGAAUGGGGCCACAAGCAGCAGAACAAGCCCCAACUGACGAAAGAGAUGUUGUGGAAUUCCAAACCGUUUCGAAUGCUUAUCGAUAUGGGUCACAAGAAGGAAGACGUGGAGAACGCGCUGCGCAUGCGCGGCAUGAACGUCGAAGAGGCGCUGGAAUUGUUGGGUACGCUGCGCAACAAUCGCGAAGCCGGUGGCGGUUGGGCCGCCCGGCACGACGAUCACUACGAGCACCCGGGCUUCGGGCAACGGUUUCCCGGCGGUCCGGGCGGCCAAUUGGCCGGCUUCCCCGCCGCCAAUAACGCGCCGAAUCUGUUGAACAACAUGGGCAAUUCGGGCCCGAACAAUUCGCUCAUCAACAACAUGUCGCCGGCCGUCGUGCAGAAGCUGUUGACCCAAAGCGGAUCGCAAGGAUUCGGCGCCGCGACGUCCGGCAACGCCGGUCGAAACAUUCAACCGCAAUCGCAGCCGUCGACGCAACAACUCAGGAUGCUGGUGCAGCAGAUACAGAUGGCAGUUCAAGCUGGAUAUCUCAAUCACCAGAUUCUCAAUCAACCAUUGGCACCGCAAACUUUGGUUCUCCUCAAUCAACUACUGCAACAGAUAAAGACUUUACAGCAGCUCAUAUCUCAACAAAGCGUAGCUAGCACACCUAACAUGAACGGAAAACCGAAUAAUACUUACAUGCAAUUUUCUGUCCUCAUAACGAAAACCAAGCAAUCGAUCACCAAUUUGCAGAAUCAAAUCGCCGCUCAGCAAGCGACCUACGUGAAACAGCAGCAGCAUCAAAGCGGAAUGGGCGCUUACGACUUCAAACCGCCGAUGCACGAUUCGAUAAAUACAUUGCCGAGUAAUUUCGCCGAAUUGGCCAUCAACAAAGAUCCUCAGUUGAAUCAACAACAAUCUCGACUUACCCAGUGGAUAAACAAAGACAAAGACGAAGGAGGAGAAUUCAGCAGAGCACCUGGUUCAUCUUCCAAACCUAUAAAUACCUCGCCUAACAUGAACCCUCUCGUUCUUAAUUCUACUGAUGGACCUUGGUCGUCUGGAAGAACAGGGGAUACUGGUUGGCCCGAUUCCUCAGCCAGUGAUAACUCGAAUGACGUGAAAGACGCACAGUGGUCAACCACCACUCAACCUUCCUUGACUGAUCUUGUACCUGAAUUUGAACCUGGAAAGCCCUGGAAGGGCAAUCAAAUAAAAUCAAUCGAAGAUGACCCCAGUAUUACACCUGGUUCGGUGGUGCGUUCACCUCUGUCUAUAGCAACAAUCAAAGACAAUGAAUUGUUCAACAUGAACCCGAGCAAAAGUCCACCGGCUCCCGACCUACCCCCGUUGAGUCUCGGCUCGUCCACGUGGAGUUUCAAUCCAUCCGGCACGACCACUUCGAGCGCCUUUACCAGUCCUCCUGGUAAAUUGCCGACGUCCAAAGCUUCGUUGGGCGACUUGAAUCCCGCGACGGCCGUCACGUCGGAGCUGUGGGGCGCGCCGAAGACGUCGAGGGGCCCGCCGCCCGGCCUGUCUGCCAAAGGCAGCGCCGUCGCCAACGGCUGGUCGGGCGUCAAUUCGAUGCCGUGGGCCGCCGGCGGCGGCCAGAGGAGCUCGGGAAAUUGCGGCGGUUGGUCGCAAUGGUUGUUGUUGAGGAAUUUAACGGCUCAGAUCGACGGUUCCACAUUACGCACAUUAUGUUUGCAACACGGUCCUUUACUAAGUUUCCAUCUCUACCUACACCAAGGGUUCGCACUGGCCAAAUACUCGUCCCGUGAGGAAGCUAUCAAAGCUCAAACGACCUUGAACAAUUGCGUAUUGGGCAACACGACCAUAUUGGCGGAGAACCCGACCGAUUGGGACGCGAACACGUUGCUGCAACAGGUGGCGCCCAAUCCGCCGAGCGGCUCGUCGGGCGCCUGGAGGGCAUCGCAGACGAAACAACAGCCGUCGGGCGGCGGCGAUCCGUGGAGCUGGCCGAACAAUCCGUCGUCGACGCUGUGGCCGGCGUCGUCGUUGGACAACGCCGAUCCGGCGCGCGGCACCCCGUCUAGUCUGAAUUCGUUCCUUCCCAACGAUCUGUUAGGCGGUGAGUCCAUGUAAAAAAAUGAUGUGAGAAAUCGAAAUGAAUUCCAUCGUAUAAUUAGUUGAAACGAAAGAGAAAAACAAAACAAAAUAAGUGUUGAUAUCGCUGCGCUUUCUGGUUGAAAGUUUUAAAUGGAUGUUUUAUAAUAUUAAACGAUUAAUUGUCUUAAGAAAUUUUGAUGAUAUUUAUUGUAUUAUUUAACAGUCUUUUUUUUAUUGUUAUUUGUAAAGGUAUUUCUAUUUUUAAUUUUUUGUGGGUGAUUUAAGAGUUGUUGUUUUAAAAAUAUGUUUUAUUUUCAGUUGUUUAUAUGAUAAUUUCCGCAAAUGUACACUAUUGAUCCAUUGAAAAUUACGAAGAGAAUUUACAUUUUGUUUUUCUUAUUUUUUUUAAUUUUGCCAUUAAUUUGUCUGGUGUAUAUUUGUUUUCUCCAAAUAAAACAGUAUAUUGACAUUUACUAAAUCAAACGUAAUGAAAAAUUAAGGACUGCAAAGCGUUUUUUAAUAGUAUUCCAUUGAUAUCACGCUCAAUUAUUUUUCAUAACGCACUUAAUGUGACAUUCAUGAUGAAACCCAACUAGUCUCAAUCAAUAAGAUUAUAUAAUUACAUAGGUAUAUAAUAUGGAUUUAAUAUAUGUGACCAAACUCAUUAUAAGUUCACUAUUUUAAGUACUGUAAAAAUUUGUUCUAUCUUAUAAGAUAUUUUCCUGUAUAAUACGGUUAAUUAUAUAAAUGUUAUUUCAUCAUUUUUUUAGGUACGUACGUACAUAACUUGUAUGUGUUUCUCUAUAAAGCAGCAGUGGCAAAAUAUCGACGAACAAACUAUAUUGAAUAUAAAGUACAUUUGGAUUUUUUAACAAUCGUUUCGGUCAAUAUAUAUUUUGACAAUCAAUUAUGCGCUUUACAUUAAGUUCUCCAUCGAAAUGAUUCGUUUUACUUAUGCACAACUAAACUGUCAUUUGAAUGUUACACAAACAAGGCACUAAUUGACCAAUUCCUUUAGCCGUUUCGAGCGUAUUCAUCCGAAUAGAGAACGAAUUUAAAGUAAUAAAAACGAGACAAUAACUACAUUCGUUAGCAUAAGUUACUGGAAAUUCGAUGUAUUUUGCGAAAAUAAAAUCCCGUCGACCUGCUGCUUUAUGUUUGCGCAAAUCUUAUCAUCUCAUCGCGUGCGUGCGAGUGAUAUUUUUCUUGUUGAGUAUCUUUCGCGUACGAAAAAAAAAAAUUCAUAAACUUUUGUCGUGAUUUAAAAAAAAGAAAAUUGUUAAACCCGCAAAACCUGUGAUCUCUGAUUCCUUAUAUAUCAUGUAGAAUUACACAUACAAAAAAAAACAAAGUCUUUAUAUGUAAUAUUGUUAAUGGAGCGGCGAAAAACCGCCGCGGUAACACCACACAAUCAGUGUUAGACUGCGCACUCUUAACUAUUCUUAAAUUAAAUCGAGUAAUAAAUGAAUAGAAACAAAAUAGCCUAUAAUUAUAUAUUGUAAAACUGAUUAUGAAAUUAGGCGAUCGGCGUUUCUAGUUGAGCGAAUUCUCCGGUUUAUUUCGAGCAUUUUAAUAUAGAUAAGAGCGGGAUUUGUUUUGAAAUAACAUCGUUUUUGCAUAAUUGCCUUCGUUAAAUGGUAUUAAUUUGUGUUGUUGGAAUACUUUGUCAAUUAUAUUUUGAAAACAUAUCAAUCUAACUCUGUGAAAAAUGGAGCGGAGAAUUUGCGGGCUAUAGAGGGCGCAGCCGAAAUCAUUGAAUAUUUUCCGGUUUUUAUUUUUUUUCGGAGAGAGGCGUUCUCCAUGUUCAAUCAACUAUUCAAAUUCGAAAUUAAAUGUUGGUGUUUAUUGUACUAUAUAUGUUAGUUAAUAGACUUUCUUUUUAAUAUUAUUAGUCCUAAACUGUGAUUAGCGUUCUUAAGGGGUACAGGCUUAUGGAACCCGGAGAGAACAUAACAAUCACAUUUUAUCGUGGUGUUCAUAUUAAAAAAAUACUAAUUUUUCUAUUACUGUUUGAAGAGGGAAGUUUCCUUUUGAUAUAUCAAGUUAUUUAUGUACCUACAAGUGGAAUGUUUAUUUAGUUUUUUUUAAUGAAAAAAAUACAGCUCCUGACCACACAGUUAAAAACGAAACUAUGUAAUUUUUUUGCCUCUACCGAGAGCUCAAAUGAUAAACGUGUACUUACGUUUCUGAUAUUCAAAGAUAUUUGGCAGCUGUGUGAUGUUUCGGUUGGUGCUUUUUUACAUUCAUCUAGUCCUCAUUUCCAUUUGUUAUUAACAAACUCUAGUUUACGAAUGAAAAGACUGAAACAUAUAGAGAUCUUAGAUUUGUUUUCUUAAUCGGAUUAGAAUGCAUUUAACCCAAUUGUUGUUUUUUUUUUAUAUAUAUACGCGGACAUAUCAAAAGGAAAAUUUUUGCGGAAUUCGCUGGUGCAACUGCAACAUUGCACCUUCGAAGUAAUAUCGUGGGUUCUAAGAGUUGAUGAAAGUUUUAGUACACAACUGUGCUGUGACUCUUAAGUGGCUUUUUAGUUUUUAAAUAAUAAAAAAAAUAUAUUGUAAGGAGCUCUCGUUAAUAAGCUUUGUCGAAAGCGACCGUUACCCAUCGAGGAGCGUUGUUAAUCCGAAUUAAUCGAUCGGUGAACGGGCGCUUGUUAAUAUUAAACAAAAAAAAAAGGUGCAAGAAUUGUAGACUGCUCUAGAGGAGAACGAUGGACGUGUUAAAAAAAGAAACCAAUUCUAAAGCAGUCUAUUUGAAGUUCCAGUAACGUAUCUAAAUUUAGUAUUUUAAUGCCAAUUGAAUUCGUAGCUAUAGCGUAAAAAUAUAUUUAGUCUUUAGGUGUCAAUAUUAAACUGGUUUUUAAGGAGUUUGGUAGUAGGGGUAUAUUGUUUUAUGUUGUGUGUUCAUUAUAAUCGACAACCACUCUGAAUGUGACGCCCAACUUGUGCGAUUCGAGCAGUCAUUGCUGCCUAAUCGAUUCCUAGGUGUGAGAUUCCCGAUACUCCUGAACGGCGAACAGAAACAAAAAAAUUGCGUAAGUUCAUCGGCCCUUUAUUUUUUAUUAAUUUUUUUUUAUUCACGCUAUCUCGAAUAUUCUAAGGACUAGACUUGUUACAAUAACGAAAUGUGAUAAUUUUGCUGACGGGGCCGAUUGAACUUAUCGAAUUUAAAUCGGAAUCUUGUGCUUUAUUAAUGUCAAAAUACCGAUGCUAACAUGACGAUUUUAUCCGAAUUUUGUAAAGUAUCGCCGUUAGAGAAUGUAAUAAUAAUUAAAUAGCAAUAUUUCAACAUUCAAAUUCAACGGUUUAAGUUUCAUAAACGUUACGUGUGCCUUAAUAAUUCGCAAUAGUUACUUUAAGAGUAAUUUAUAAUCAAAAUUAUCCGGUAUUUUGGGGCGUUAAAAACUUUGAGUUUUCGUUUCUCUAACGGCGGUCCUUUGCAUUUUAUCGUUACCGAUUUAGUCUCCGGGCAAUGAAUAAACCGCCCUUUCGCGUCAAUGAAAGCAGUCGUAACUGCCGUUGUGAUUUACUUACUAAUUAAAAUCUUAUACAUAUUAAAAAUUAAAAAAAAAAAACUAACGGCGUGUGCUUUAAAAUUAGAGCUGUGGAAACUUUAAGGUUACUCUUAUUUUUGCGAGUAACUUGAAACUUUUCGAACACUCUGCGGAAAAUUAUAUUCUAUGUCUGAUAUUGUGUACCUUUUAAAAAAGAUAGAAUUUAGCGUUCAAAUAGGAAACGACAAAAAAAUAAGUAUAUACUGUAAAUUAGGUUAAGUUGCUCAGCAUUGAAGGACAUAUUUAAUAUAACACAUAUUUACAAUUGUAACAUAUUAAGUCGGAAUAAUAAUAUCCUUUUACUUGAAUGUUUAAACCGAUAGGCCCUCCCCUCCCCCUCUGACACAGGAUACCUGAAAAAUGUGCUGUUAAAAUCGAAUAUCGAGUACAGUUGCAACGAAACUUGUUCAUUUUGCAUGCCAGAAAUUAAUAAAAAACGCUACAAAACGCGCGACAAUAUGAGUUUUUCGAAACGUCCCCUAGCGACUAGCGAGGCAAUAAAAAAAAACGAUCAAAUUAGAUUAAUUCUAAUUUGAUCUAUCUUUCGAGCUAUUCGUACGGUUCAAGCAAUCUAUAUUAGUGAAUAUUUUCACCUAGUUACUUGAUAUUAAAUGUUACAAGCAUAUUUUUCAUUAGAGAAUAAGGAUUUAGAUUAAUAAUCGGGGUGUGCGCGUGUGCGUUUGGCAUUAUAUUGAGCGUACAAAAAAUGGUCGUGUUAGAAUUGAAUUAAAAAGAAAACUGUGCAAUAGGUAAUUUUACAUCCAACGAAACGACGAGUUUUUUGUACAACCAAUAUUUUAUGAAAUACGUAAAAUGAAACACCCGAAAGCCAAUUUCCAAAAUAGUAAAAGAAAAAUGUAAAAAAAAAAAUCAAGAAAAAGUAAACGUAGGAUAAUUAGAUAACGAUUUAGGUUUACAGUAUUUGUGAUCUAAGUGCCACUUGCGUUUUCAAGUAUAUUUAAUCAUUCGCCACUGAACUAUAUAUUAUAUCGUAAAGAAAUAUAUAUUUAAAAAUAUUAACAUAUAUGGUAAAUAGUCGGCAUAUCUGCCUUAGCAUAGGGUAAACUUUGGUGUUCGGUAGAUUUAAGAUCAUUUUGAGCUUAUAUAUUAAUAUAUAUAUUUCUGGAACUCGUCAUACGUUAGAACAACUUACUAAAGAUCAUUAAGAUGAAAAUAUAUAUUCUUCUAUUUACUGUUAAUAUUUUUUCGGUUUAGUUAAGAGUUAAGGCAUCGACUUUGCAAUCUUUCGAAUAAGACUAAAUAUGAUUUUUUCGUUUGUUUUAAACACCAUAUCAAUUGUUUCGGCUCUAUCCAAUGUUUUCAUUUGUGCCAACAACAAAUACGAUUUAGGAAAGUACGUUGGGCAACUUUUUCAGUUACAUACUACUUAAGUACAAAUACUUAAAUUUAAAAACCUUAAUUGUUUUGUAUUUGACAGGUGUCAGUAAACUUCGAAUUUGUAUUGUUGCUAACUUCGUACCUUUCUAUUCUCGAUUUAUUUUACCAGAGUAUUAAUCGUAGAAGGUUGUUUUGUGUUUGCUCAUAAAAAUUAUUUCAUUUGAAAGUAAGUGGAGAAUAUCUUCAGUUAGGAGAGUUUUAUUAAUUAACACUUUUAAUGAAAAGGUUCUUAUGACGUAUUCGCCAACUAGAAUGAUACAACCUUCUAAUGUUUAGUAACCUUGGAAAUAGAGGCCAUUUUGAUUUUUUCUUUAGACAUUUCAAUGACAAUUAACUACCUGUCAAUUUAAUAAUCAAGUAAUUUACCUUUUUUCCGAAAAUAAAUUGUUAAAAACGCGAUAAUUUGAGUGUUGUUCGAAAAAAAAAAAGAAAUGGAAACAUUGGAGUUGAAAUUGUUAACUUGAAGUAAGUCAUGAAAAUCUAAUUUCUCUAACAUAGCAAUAAUACCGUUUACUUUAUACAUUGGAAUCUUAAUAUGUAAGUUAUAUUUUUCUGAGAUGGAGUGAAUAUCAUAGUAAUAAUUUCCUUAAACGUAAGAACAUGCUUAAUACUUGUUAGAUUAGAAAAUGCAAUGUUCACCAUAUUUUAUAAUACCAAAUGAUGUGCCUCUUUUAACAAAUUGUUAUAUGUGACAAUGAUAAUUCUUUAAAAAAAACAAGAAGAAGAAGAAGAAGAAGAAAACGUGAUCUGCUUGGUCUCAUUAAUCCCGUUACAACGUCAUACAGACCUAAGCUGUCGGAGAAAACUUAAAAGUUCAGUAUUAAAACACAAAUAGGAAAAAUUAAAUUCGUUUAUUUAAAUAAUGAAAAAACACAAAAACAUUUGACGAUAAGAUGCCUUAGUAAAAUAAAUUUUCGAAUAAUCCAAACUAUUUUUCAGAUAUUUUUAUAAAAAAAAGUUAGGUGAAUAAAUGCAGAAUAACGUGAAUAUUGCUACCGCACAAAAAAAAUAAUAAUUACGUAUAAUUGUACACUUUAGUCGGUUGAUGGGAUAUUAUAUAGUAGUCUUUUUGAUAUAUACACUUAAAAUUGUUACUUAAUAUUUAGUUGGUAAGUAGUAUUACAUGCAGUUGUGUGAUACCCCUUUUUUGCAAUACGUUAAUUUUCGCCUUGAAAGUAUUAAUUUCCCCUCCCCGAGGUUUACAUUGAAUCUUCACAAAAGCAUCGCAAUCAAACCGAAGAUUGACUGUAAACGCUUACACACUGAUCUUGCCAUUUUAUUUUUUUAUUCUUUACUGAAUACCAAAGAGGUUUAUGUGUCAUAAUCGUUGUUAAAUGUUACUCGUUAAUGUUGCAGCGUGAAAUUUACCUUUUGGUUAAAUUUUAUUGCGUAUUUGGUAUACUGCCCAUUUCAAUUUUUCUGCCAAAAUCUUCCAACAGAGGUUGUGAUAGCGUUAAAGAAAAACCUAAUAGAAAAUCGCGUAUAUUCAAUUAGAAAUUUCAUCUUGUAAUAAGUAUUGAAAAGACUAACGAAAUGAUACAACACUCACUUGUAUUUUAUGUUAUUAUCAUAUCACAUGACACACACACACAAAGUUAGCUUUUAUUUAUUUACGAUUAAUUUUAAAUGCUGUGAUUCUGAUUUUUCUGGUAUUGUUUGUUUGCAAUGGUUAACCAAAUUACCAAGUUUAUAAUAAGUGCCUAUAAACGUGCAAUUUACUAAUAUAGGGCCUGACUUCCAAGACAGGGUUUUAAAAUUUAAUAUCUUAAUUGAUUUCUAUCGAAAAGCAUUACCUCACUAUGUAUAAAACUCGCUGUAGAAAGGGAAUUAAAAUGAAGAGCUAUUGGAAUUUUCGAUAUCAUUACAUUCUAAACUCCCAAAAACGACACGAAUCUUUAUCGAUAGUUGCUAAAUGGAUCGAUUGUAAAUCGAUAGAGAUUCGAUCGAUAUCGACUUAUGUAUAGUGGGGUGAUUAGAAUUAAAUGUAGAGGUAUCGAUAUUUUGUGAUCUCAACAAUAUGAGAUUUAUAGCUAGCUGGGAACUGCCAAUUAAAUUGUAAAAAGAUAAUGUAUGUCCUAUUGUUAUAAUGGAAAUAUGUAGGUUUAAUUUAGACGAUGAAGUAUCGAGAGGAACGCG